CCCUCAGGAGACCCAUAGCCUCUUAAGUAGCCCCCCACCCCUUCAUUAGACCCAUGGCCUCUUAUAUAGCCCUCCCUCCAAAAAGUGGGUCCCUAGCAUGUAACAUAGUUUUGACCACUUCCCUUAGGUUGAAGAGACUGGGAAGUGCCAAAACUGUUGUUGUUGCUGCUGUUGUUGUUAUUAUGAUUGAGCAUUUUUAUCACAGAUUUGUAUUAGAAAUUUGUACUUGGGGUUUUUGUUUUACCUUUUUUAUCGUAAUCGAAUUGUUUUUAUGCGCAUAGAAACAUUCCUGUUUUUCAAUUUUUUUAAUACAAAUUGUAUUAUUGUUAUCACAGGAAGGACUGGUAAAACAAUAUAUGUGAUUUCACUGUCACGCCAAGAAAAUUAUAGUUAAUGGAGGAUAAUGUUUUUUCCGAACGAGCGAACGAACGAGGUACAUAAUGCCUCCGAACGAGGUACAUUUUGACGUAAAUUAGCGCAUGAGUCCAUUUUACCGUCACCUUUUUUCUCGCCAUUCUUCUCUCAUACAUCAGGUGAUACUGUUUAGUGAAGGGUGAGACGGUUUGUCAAUCCAUAUGGUUUGCUUGGUGAUUUUAAUGAAGGAAAAUAUCAACCGAGGGAUACUGCCACGACAAGCAAGGAAAAUAUACAUGUGCACUUCGUUCUUUAAGCACGAGUGACAAUAUGACGCGCUUAAAGCGAAAGAAAAUAUCAAUCGAGGGCUACUCCCAUAACAAACAACGAAAGAUGAAUACACCUAGUUCUUUAAGCGUGCGUGCCUUUGACGUAUUGUUGACGUACUUUGACCAUCACUUCCGAAAAACGCCAGCUCUAAAGUCAAUAAUUAUUUACAGUCAUUUACUGUAAAUAUUUAUACUAGAUCCUUCACUUCACACACGUCACUUUUGUUCAAGCACAGAACAGUAUUUUUUUAUCUGUUGUUCUCUCUUUCCCAGUGAAUUUGCCUCCACAAAUGUUCUUUGAAAAGAAAAUUAAUGAACGACCCUGUUCGGCCAGCAAGUGUGACAUGUUUCUGUAGCUCUCUCAUAAUGCCUUGUACAUAUCGUGAUGUUUUCCCGUAUAUCAGGAAAUAACACAUUGUUUGCCGUUGACAUUUCAUGACAUUAUGUUUAAUCCUGUCUGGAAGAGAGAAAAAGUCAGGAGCCCCAUUUCAAUGUGCAUCCGGUCUAAUUAAAAAUUUAUUUGUAUAAUUGAGAUAAUUCUUUCAGUGGUGUAUCUUUUUAUGUAAAUACUAAAAUGAUUUGUCUUCUGAGGUUAUCACUCAGUGGAAAGCAUUGUAACAAUUAUUAUAAAUUGAUGAUAAUUACGGAAAAACUGACGAUUGAAUUGAAAAAUCAUGAAAUGGGGGGCGGGCAGUAUUGACAGUUUAUACUGUUGAUAUCUCUACCGUGAAUGUCAUCUUAAACACUUCGAUAAGAUGAUAAAAUGUAUCAGUAGUGCGAGCCCUUUCAUUAUAAAUCGAAUGUGAAUCGCGAUCGACAUUCCACAAUGGAGUCACAGCAAAAGAUAGAUUUGGAAGAAAAGCUGGCCAACCGAGAUGAAGUAUCUGUGGCGAUGGAAUUGACGGUGGCUUUCGUAAAUAUUUUCACAGCGAUCAGUGGGAAUUUGUUGUUGUGCUGGACGAUAUACAGAUACCCUCGCCUGCGCUCGACCUCAAAUCUAUUCAUCGCCUGUUUAGCUGGUUCUGAUGUUCUUAUCUCCGUGUUAGGCUUUCCUUUCAUGAUCGCUGUGCUUCUGACGGGAAGUUGGCCAUUUGACAAGGCGGUCUGUGAUUUUCAAGGUUUUACGCUCACUAUGUUUGGUGCUUUUUCACUUCUUACGAUGACGUUGACUGCCAUUGCACGUUACUUGAAAGUGACUCGGCCAUCGCUGCAUCGUAACAUUUACUCGAAAAGAAAUAUCUCCGUAUCGGUAGCAGCAGCGUUUGUAAUCUCUUCUUUGUUCCCUGUUAUUGUGAUAUCAAAGAAUGCUUUUUCGUUUCAUCCUGGAAGGUUUAUUUGCAUUUUUGAUUGUGAUAAAGUGGGGGUUCCAAUGUGUCUUUCAGCACAAGUGAUUUUAAUCAUCACCUGCUUUGGUCCAAUAGUAUUUUGUCACUUUGGAAUUUUUCGCUCAGUUCGUCAACACAAUGCGCGGUUAGCGACUUCCAGGGAAGAUAACAGGAAAACAGCAAACAUACAAGUGGAGGACAUGAAGGUAACGAAGCUGUUGUUUGCAAUAGUCAUUGCUUUCGCUUUCUGUUGGUCGCCUCUCAUUGUUAUAGAUGGCGUGAGCUUGUGGAAAGGACACUACUGGAUGUCUCGUGAGGUGUACAUGACGUCCACCUACCUCGCUUGUUACAGCAGCUCUGUUAAUCCCGUGAUAUACGGAAUUUUUAACAAGCAACUCAGGCGCGAAUUCUGGAAAAUAUUCCGGUGUAAUCGACAAAGAAUGGAUCGCGUUCAACCUACCUCAUACUAAAUAGAAAAAAAAAAAAAAGAUUGCUACGCUGGUUUCAAUGUACUGCAGAAAGUUAUUGUUUUAUAUUGUUACUUCUAAAGUUAUGAUACCUCUCGGCAAAGCUUGUUUAGAAAUUACGUUUGGAUCUGAGCUCUGAUAUUCUGCUUGUUUCUCAACUUUUCGAAUGAACACCAUUCUUUGUAAAUAAAAAAGAAAUUAAAUUCCUCAUGACCAGAUGCUGUCGAAAAUGAUGUUGGCACUGGAACGUACAUCACCAAUAUCAACUGACGACUGUUAAAUAUAAAGCAAUUGCAAUCUAUAUAUUCUAUAUGUUUAAGUACACUCAAGUACAAUUUAUACACAGCUCUUUCGACCGAAAGACUGUCCCACAAAAGCGUAAAAUCGUACACGAUAAUGCCAAUUGGUAUCAUAGAUAGUAAUAGUUGGCGUUGCUUGAUUGAGGUUCACGGUGGUUCAGCAAGAAGAAAGGAGAAAGCAUGAAUACACGUGUUUUUCUUGUUUCUUUCUCAAACUCAUUAAUAAUUCAUCAAGUUAAAACAAAGAAAAUGACAACCGUGAGGGAGGUUUGGAUAACCCGGUCUUAAUUAGCACAGAUUGUGACGAUUUUACUUACUUGUCUCGAGACAGUGUUUCAUCGGCUAUCCAAACACCUUGAAUUUCGUCAAAAAUACUCCGCUGUGCAUCGUGUUUUCAACUCUCCUCUCGGUGUUGGGAUAUCUCGAUGAAAUACUGUCUCUCGUGUUUGACAUAUUGUCGCUGACGCAUUUACACUUUUACACAGCGUUUCUAAAAACAGCUGAUUAUUACAUCUUACGCUCUCAUUCGUGGAAUUGUUAGAGUGCGCUUCAGAGUAUCUCGUUCAGAGGCGACAGUGCAAAUUAAAUCAAAAGAAAUCUCAACAACUAGUAGUUUUUAUGGUUGAUAUAUAGACAACGAUUAAAAAAAGGAAAAUUCGGAAUCAAUGCAAAAAGGAAAAUGGUUACAGAGCAGUAAAGAAAAUAGUAGUUUACCUGUGGAAUGUUUUGACAACAGAGAAACCCCUUACUUGUGGCAUAGCUAACAUUA